AUGAUCCUGUUUAUCUCUUCACAUGGUGGAGGAAAUGUCCCACCUGAUGUGGUGACGCUUAGUGAUUCCUUUGAAGAUAUACAACCACACAGCAACAACAACAACAUCAUACAAUCCCACCUUAAACCAACCAAGAUAAAAGCACCUUUAGUCAGUCAAAUCACAGAUUUACACAUACAACAAGGACUUAUAGUCAGAGACUUGCUAUUUGCACUUCUUGGCUAUGAAGGUAUAUUCAUCAAGUAUGCAGAGAGGUAUGAUCCUCAAUCUCUUGAAUGUAGGAUUCUUGGACCUGAAUUUAAAAUUGCAAAGAACUUGGAUUUAAGUUUGAAAACAGUCACAAAGAAAUUACGUAAGUUAGGACGAUAUUAUUCCGGGUUAACUGAAUUUAUUCAAUAUUACGAUUCAGCAAGAUAUGGAAAAGUGGUUCAACGAUUUUGUUAUGUGGUUAAUGAGUUUUUGAUCCAUUAUAAACUGGUGAUUCUUGAAUUAGAACAUGAGUUCCAGUAUAAUGCUAGUUUCAAUCUCACUAAACUAGAUCAAGUAUUGAGUCAAGAAGUGGCGAAUAAGUUAUUACAUUUGUAUGAAAUAGCGGUUGAAAUACAUUUAAUAUCAGAAGAGAGGAGGAAACAUAGCCAUACAGAUGAAUAUACCCAUCAAGCAUUACUGGAACUUAUCCCCAAAUCAAAUUUUGAAUCUUCAGCAAGAAUAGAAACAAAUUUAUACCUCAAAAAGUUUGAUUGUUGCAAAGGCGGAUUAGUGUUACAACUUAUACAACAGAGAUUACGUUUUUACAAAGGGGAAGCUGCUUCGUUUGCAUUUCUCACAAAGCUUUUGGAUACUGUUGCCGAGGAUUAUCUUGUAAUGUUAAACACUUGGCUUACUGAGGGGAAAAUUGAUGAUCCAUUUGAUGAGUUUUUGAUUCGAGAAAAGGAAGUUCCUCCUACAUUUAUUGAUAUCUUUGAUUCUAAAAGUGAAUAUUACUGGAAUGAAUUGUUUCUUAUCAAAACCGACGGAUUGUUGGAACAAUUUCAAAAUUAUCAGAUCCAACUGAAGAUAUUAACUACGGGGAAGUACUUGAACAUAUUCAAGCAAUGUACUGGUAUAUCUGAUUUCCUGAACUUGCACGAAAAGUUGCAAACUAUAAGUACAUUAUCGUCACAAGAUCUAGAAUUGAAAAUCGACGAAUUUUACAAACGUGCCAAUAAAAUGUUUAUGAAGUUGUUAUUCCAAGGAUAUAAUUUACGUCAAUUAGUAACCAAUUAUCAAACCAAAUACUUCUUUGAAAAUUCAUACAAGAUUGAUAAGUUUAUCGAUGGGUCAUUCUCAGAAUUGAAGCGAGAUAAAUUCAAAGUAUCCAUUUCAAGGUUACAAAAACAAUAUUAUGAUUUAUAUAACUCCAAUGAAAAAAUUCAUAAAAUUGGAACUAUUCCUUCAAUAUCGGAUAUCAUUCAAGAACGGCAAAGUUUUACUAUAAGUAAUGAAUCACUAUACCAGGUUGCCAAUGAAUUAAUGGAAGGCAAGCCCGAUUUUGAAAUCCAGCAAGAUCAAGAUUUGGAAACUAAUAUUCGCUUAAUUAGUAAUACAUUACAUCGUGAAGGUAGCAAUCUGCCCCAAUCAACGCGAGGAGAUACUACUGCUGGAGGAGGUGGAAGAAGAUUCCUGCCUCUGAAACAAACCAAGGAUCCUGAUGACAACAUCGCAAUUGCUAGUGUUCACCUUUCCAUAGACUUGCCAUUCCCCUUGAAUCUUGUUAUUAAUCGUGAAUUAUCCUAUCAUUAUGAAAUCAUUUUUAAAUUGUUAAUGAAUUUGAAAUUCAUUAGUAGAUAUAAUGAUAUCAUUGCUAAAGAAAUAAACCAAUCUGAUGUAUGGCGAUACCCUAAUUUUGAACCAAGAAUCCUUAAAUGGAUUUUAAGAAUUCGACUGUUACAUUCGCGUGUGAGAUUAUUCAUGGAUGAAUUGCAAAGUUAUAUCAAUUAUGAUGUUAUUGAACUGCAUUACGCUGAAAUAAGAACAUUAUUGCAAGAUACCGAGGUUGAACUUGCAGAAACGGAAUUAGGAUCAGAUAUAGGGCAAGAACAAGAAGGACAAUUGUUUAAUAACAACACAGUGUUACAAGGAACCGGCAAUAGUAAUUCAAUUUUUGAAAAUCGAAUUUUGGAUGCAUUACAACGACCAGGGACCGCCAAUAAACGAAAUGGUAGAAAAGCUCACGAAUUAUUAAGUGUGGAUAAUUUAGUUCUUCAACUUCGAGAAUAUUUGAAUACGGUAAUUACUGAGUCAUUACUUACGAAAUAUGAAUUGCUUUAUGAAUUGAAGAGAAUUUUGGACUUCAUGAUGCAAUUCAACCAUUAUAUUGUAUUAUACAAGAAGAUUUUAAUUGUGAGUGAUCGGAAUUUACAUGAAGUAUAUUCCGAAAAGUUUCCCGAGAGGUUUAAGGAUAAGGUUAUGGAUCCAAAUCUGAUUGAUCGAAGAUUUGCCAAUUUAAAUAAUUCCUUGAUGGAACAACAUGGACGAUUUUCAGAAUAUCUUGCAAGUUUCCUUGAUAAAAUACGAAAGUACGGAGUGAGUGAGAACGGAGGACUACUUGCAUUGAGUGAUAGACUAGAACAAUGUUUUCCUGAAUAG